UCCGGAGCUCUGCAGCGGGAGUCAGCUGAACAACGUGGCGGCGCUGUAAAGCUCCACACACGUGACUUUUCAGGCUGCACUACAAGAUCAGACUCGGUUCUAAACGCAGCGUCUCAUCAUAAAAAGCUACUUCAGACAGCAGCCGGUCAUGUUGGGGCUGUGAGAGCACGAUGGCCACCCCAGCGCAAGCCAAGAAGCAGAAGAAGAAGCCGAUCCCUGUAAAAACGUCUCUGGACAACCCGUACAGCCUCCGAUGGACGCUGUUGAGGAGAAGUGAGAAUGAAUUUAUACUGCAAACGCUGAAGGAUAGGAUGGACACGGUCGGGCUCUGGAAGAACCCGAGGAAAGUUAAGGAUUUCCGCAGCAGAAGGAAAGCGAAGAAGCGGGACUCGGAGCCGGCCGAGGCCGAAAAUACACCUCGGGGGCCGGGCUGGAGCGACGAGGCCGUGCGGAGGCAGCUGGCACUCGGCAUCAACGAGGUGACCAAAGGCCUGGAGAGGGACGAGCUCAGCCUGGUGCUGGUCUGCGGCUCGGCCCGGCCGGCGCACAUGACCAACCAUCUUAUUCCACUAAGUAAGACCAGGGCGGUGCCGGCCUGCCAGGUGCCGGGGCUGAGCGCGAGUCUCUCGGGGGUUCUGGGCGUGAGCAGCGUGCUGGCGCUGGGCAUCAGGAGAAGAACCAUAGACUUCGCCGAUACAGUGCGGCAGAUCGCCGCUAAGGUGCCGCCGGUGCGCGUAGCCUGGAUGCCCGCGGUGAUUCAACUAACCACAGCCGGGCUGGAGGACGAGAGCCUGUGUGGAAAAGUGGAAAAGAGCCCGGCUGAAAGUGAGGAGCAGCCCAGAGACUCGCAGUCAGAUCCGGUCCAAACCGAGGACUCCUUUAUAGAUCCAGCGGAGGCUGAAGACGCCCAGUCAGAUCAAAUCAAGUCAAAAGGGCAGAAGAGAAAACUGGAGGCUGACGAUGAAGAUCCGAGCCUGUCGCUCCAGCCGCUUAAAGUCAAGAAAACCAUCCCAAAUCCUUCAAAAAUCCGGAAACCCAAGAAGAAGAAGAAGGCACAGAAGAAAUGACCAGUGACUUCAGUUCUUAUGCAGUCAGUUCUGUUAUUUUGAUCUUCACAUUUUACUGCCACUUCCUUACAAUUGAAGCAGGACUCAUUGUCUAAAAUGAAAAAGAAGCUUUUAUGUGUUAUUUUUUGCAAUCUAAAUCCACUCGUGGGUCACCACGUGCCUUCUGAGUUUUGUUGAUGACAGUAAAACAGUGAUGACCUUCAAAAACACCUUUUCUUUUGACCCUUUUUCCCAUACGACACCCUGCAUUAACUUGUUUAAGCUAAAACAUCGUUGCAGAUCUACAAUGAAGCAACGAAUAAAGAGGAAUUCCAACUCAAGUUCUGAAUAAUCCAGUCCCUGAUGUCAACAGUCGGAGUGAUUAGAUGUGAAGUGGUUCACUGUAGAGAAACUUGGACUCUGAUUUCUUUACAGUGAUGAUAGGAACCAGGGGUCUCCAUGACUACAAUACAAAUAUAUCCAUUUUAUUUACAAUACAAAACCACCAGUGAACGUACACGAGCCUUUGAGUUUUUAUUUCAGUGUUGAAGAAAACCUCGUAUCUCAAAUGAUCCCUUUACAGGAGAAGGAAAAAAACACUUUACUUUUAGCAUCAGUGAAUGGAACCAGGACCCCCCUGACAACAGCGAAAUGUAAUAUUAAUGAUAGUAAAAUAAGUAUAAAUGUGAAAAGUUCUUUUGGGGGAUAUUUUGCCCUACAAAACCCUACAUGUAUCCCUCCACCAUGACUGGAUUAAAACAGGUUCUCAACCUUUUCCACCUCAAGGCCCAACUGUAUCACUUGAAAGCAUGAAAAUUUUCAACAGAGUGAUGUUGGCAUUAUUUUUGCAGUACCCCUGCAGUGUGAUGUGCAUCAGUGAACAUAAAAUAUCAGCAAUAUUGAUACAGCUGAAAGGUCAGGCAGAGUGUAUUUUGUUUCUAGCAUCAAAACGCAAAAAACUUGACUAAGCUGCACUCAUGCAUUUACUGUAAUUUUUGUGCGUUGUUUGCUGUCUGAAACCGUUUUCUAUUUGUCAUUUUUUUCACUGAUAUAUAUGAUAAAGUGCCAUCACAGACCCACUAUGGACCACUGGCUCCCCUCAAUGUUAUGGACUACAUAUGUACAGCUAACUGCAGACUGCUGGUCAUCAUAGCAACGCAGACAACAGUCUUGCCUAGCUAAUAAAUAAUGUAAAGGCAACAAGAUUUAAGCUGAACAGCGAUAACUGAUAAAUGGACUUAUCUGCAUUCAUAUUGCACUCCUGAUACAAUUAAUAUGCAACAAGUAACUGUCAAACAUCAAAAGUCGUGAAGCUUUAAUCAGUUUCUUGUUCAGAUUUUCCCGUUACACCUUAAAUGGUUCAGCAGCUACAAUCUGGCAUCUCGGGCACAAUAUAAGACAGAACAGGAGAAUUCGAACUAGACGCUGGAGAAUGAGAAGAAGACUUCAGCCUUGUAAAAUAAGUAAACUUUGAGAGACACUUUACAACAAACUGUUCUACUUUCAGGCUGAGCUAAGGACUGGUACAUUAGCCCAUACUAAGACAUUUACAGCCAAGACGGUAAAAUGGACGUUAAUGUCUCCCAAGGUGGUUUGAUUUUUGUUGAAAGGACAAAAUGGCUCUUAACAUUUGGGUUGUGUCCCCUGGUACAGGCCCAAAGACACCAAGAGGUGUUUCGUGGCCCAUUUGUGGUCCUCGGGCCAGAAAACCUGGAGCAUUUCUGAACAAACCACUUUGAAUGAAUUUGCUUACAUCUUCCACUUAAUUAUGAAGAUUUUUUAAAAAAUGGGUGGAGUUCCCCUGUAAGGCCUCAGGCACUGUAUUUGCAACCUCUCUGUGUAAUAGACUUCUGUGAGGUAGCACAUGAAAUGGUUCAGACAGCUGGGUCUUAAUACCACUGUGUACAAUUCAUACAUGGGUUCUCUACACAGGGUUUUCAACCUUUUCCACCUCAAGGCCCACAUGUUUCUUACAAGUAGGCAUGAAGGUCCACAAGAAAACAGAACUCAGCUUUUUAAAUGAACAUUUUUAGGAAAUCUGUCGCGCAGUGUGCCCCCUCCUGCUAUAUGUAACCUGCAACAGAGAACAUGAAAUCCACAGAACGGCAGCAAAUUAAGUGAAAUGUUCCAACAACACUGUUUUGCAGGUGGACAGCAAUUGGGGGGGGGGGGGGGGGGGGUAUUUGGCUUUUAGAGUCAAGAGGCAAAAAUGUACAAAUCUUUUUCUGCUGUUUUUGCAAGCCUCGUAUUAAUGUUGUUUACUGCUUGGAAACAUCAUCUUGCAAGUCAUUUCUUUUAUUUUUAUGGCAUUGCCGGCCCAGUAUGGACCACUGCCUCCCACUCAGUAUUGGCCUGAGAACCACCAGAGGGUGUUUCCAGGCCCACGUGUGGGGCAUGGCCCAGUGGUUGAGAGACCCUGCUCUAGAACAUUUCAUAUCAAAUCAACCUGAAAGACUAUUUACAUCUACCCAGUGAAACUGUACAGAAAUGAGGAAAGACAUGUGGAAUUCCCCUUUAAUCCUAGCUCAGUUAACACAGAUAGCACACAAGCCAACAUUUACACAGCUUGUGAAAUUAUCAUUUUCUUUAUUUCGUUGACAAUUUUGUUUCAAGUGUCUUUACAAUCUUAGUUUUCCAACUUUAAGCACAAGUUUGCAUUCCCCCGCUGGUUGUUGCUUGCAAGAAUGAUGGCUGAAUCGGUUGUCGUUGGUUCAGAUUCAGAUGAUUUUUAUUCAAUCAAAUAAUCCAUGCUGGUAUACCUUAAUGUAGUUUUUAACAAUUACGUAUCUGGGCGGCCACCGUGUUUGACAUGGUGCUGGUUACAGUUUCCUUUAAGGUCAUUAAACAACCUGCAA